AACCUCGACUUUUCCGGCAAAUAUUUACCCGCAAAUUCGAAUUUCCGGACCAAUUUUCCGGCAAUUAAACCGCAACUCGAUCUGAAAUUGAAGCUAAUUUAAGGCAAAAGUUUCCAUUGAACUCGAAAUUUUGGGCGAAAGGUGCAAUUCCUUGACUCAGAAGAGAUAUAAAAUCGAAUUCUCAUUUGAAAUUUGAAACAGCAGCAAUUGAAACCAAAAACCCAGUCCUCCAUUUUUUUCCGGAUAAGAGCGAGGAGAUGGUGAAAUCAUCUACAGGAGCCAUGGCUGCAAGCACUUCAAGAAAAACAGAUUGUUCUGGCUAUAAUGGCAGUAAAUUCAAGGGAAUAAGGAAGAGGAAGUGGGGGAAAUGGGUCUCGGAAGUUCGCCUCCCUAACAGUAGGGAGCGCAUUUGGCUCGGUUCGUAUGAUACAGCGGAGAAGGCAGCGAGGGCGUAUGACGCUGCAGUCUUCUGCCUGCGAGGACCAACAGCACACUUUAAUUUUCCGGCGAACCACCCUAAAAUUCAAUCUUCUGGCAGGCUCACUGCAGACGAGAUUAGGGCAGUGGCUGCACAGUUCGCGAACGAAGCCCCAGCCCCAACCUCGACCUCGACCUCCACUGUAAAGGACCCCCCGGAAUCUCCCGUAGAGUCGGAGCAGACUGUGCAGGAAUCCGACUCGAAUUGGUCGUUCAUUGAGUCUUUGUUGUCAGAUUCCAGCAACAGCGGGUUCUCCGGAGUGGAUUUCAACUUCCCUUGCCCCCUUUUGGAUGAUUUUCCAAGUGAAAAUUUAACCUUUCCGGCUGUCGAUUAUGACGGCUUCGAAGAUUCUGCCUUCUCUGAUGACUCCCUUCUAUGGAGCUUUUGAGUUUUGACCGGAUUUGUAAUUUUCCAAUGGUGUUUGCUUUUUUUCCGGCGCAUAUUUUUUCUGGUCGCCGGGCUCCCUCACCCCACACCCUAAAUGGUUUAAUUUUCCGGCCAUGCGGGUAAAAUUCUUCGGUUGUUGUUGCACACAUGAAAUGUGACGCUCAAGUGUUCAAUUAAUUAAUUGAAUAAUAUUAAUUGCGUCCAAGUGAAAAGGACUCUGAA